CUCUGGUUUCCGUCAUCAGCUGAUGCAGGCGAAAGUUCAGUCGGGUUUACCAUAACACAAAAUGGAUGUUAAUCAGGCUAAACAGGAGCACCUUCUGGCUCUAAAAGUGAUGCGACUGACAAAACCCACACUGUUCACCAACAUGCCGGUGACCUGUGAAGACAGAGACCUUCCAGGUGAUUUAUUUGGACGACUUAUGAGGGAGGAUCCGUCUACUAUUAAAGGGGCAGAGACCUUGAUGCUUGGGGAGAUGCUCACGCUACCACAGAAUUUUGGGAAUAUUUUCCUUGGCGAGACCUUCUCAAGUUACAUCAGUGUGCACAAUGACAGCAACCAAGUGGUCAAAGAUAUCCUAGUAAAGGCUGACCUGCAGACCAGCUCUCAGAGGUUAAACCUGUCUGCAUCAAACUCAGCCGUAGCAGAACUCAAACCAGAGUGCUGCAUCGAUGACGUCAUCCACCAUGAAGUCAAAGAGAUCGGAACACACAUCCUGGUUUGUGCUGUCAGCUACACCACUCAGUCUGGAGACAAACUUUACUUUAGGAAGUUUUUCAAAUUUCAGGUUCUCAAGCCUCUAGAUGUGAAGACCAAAUUCUACAAUGCUGAGAGUGACCUCAGUUCUGUGACAGAUGAGGUUUUCCUGGAGGCCCAGAUUCAGAACAUCACCACAUCACCCAUGUUCAUGGAGAAAGUGUCUCUGGAACCCUCCUUGAUGUACAAUGUCACCGAACUAAACACAGUGGCCUCCGGAAAGGAGAGCAGUGAAUCAACCUUUGGGAAGAUGUCGUAUCUGCAGCCGAUGGACACGCGGCAGUACCUCUACUGUCUGAAGCCCAAGCCGGAGUUUGCGGAGAAAGCUGGGGUCAUUAAAGGGGUGACAGUAAUAGGCAAACUGGACAUUGUGUGGAAGACCAACCUUGGGGAGAGAGGCCGGUUACAGACGAGCCAGCUGCAGAGAAUGGCUCCCGGUUAUGGGGACGUACGGCUCUCUCUCGAGCUCAUUCCAGACACGGUAAACCUCGAGGAACCUUUUGACAUUACCUGUAAAAUCACUAACUGCAGUGAGCGGACCAUGGACCUGCUGCUGGAGAUGUGCAACACCAGGUCAGUUCACUGGUGUGGUGUUUCAGGAAGACAGCUGGGCAAACUGAGCCCCAGUGCCUCACUCUCCAUCCCCCUCAAACUCCUGUCCUCUGUCCAGGGCUUACAGAGUAUAUCUGGACUGAGGCUCACCGAUACCUUUCUGAAAAGAACAUACGAGUAUGAUGACAUCGCGCAGGUGUGUGUGGUGUGUCCGUACCUGAGCCCAGAAAGCUGAGGCUUCUCUCUGCACUAUGCUAUUAUCUCAAAGGACCAACUUCUGUGUGCCCUCUUACCACUUUUUACACUAUGAAGUGAUCAUGUUUUAGAAUGUUAUUUUUAAAGCCCUUAUCUUGAUUUUAAGUGUCUUUACAUGUGAAUAAAAGAGCUAACUUAAAACUUUAGGCUUCUGUAAGUAAAGUGAAGAAAUAACACAUUUCUGUAUGUGCUGUAAUAUACGUGUGGCUUACGAGAGGGAAGGAGCUCGAUAUUACGUAAAACACUCCUGUGUAUCGUUUAAUGGUUCUUGGUCACUUGGUUCACACUGAAGAAAGCAUGCUUAGUCAUGAGCGAUUUCAAGACACGUUUAUUUGCCUGUUAAUUUUUUUUUUCUUCAGACAAAACAUUAAAGAGCUCUGUGUUUACACGCAUAUUCUCUGAAGCUUAAAUUACAUGUCUGACUACAAAUAUCAGAUUAUGGAGCAUGCAAAAAUAAAUUAGGCUGAGACGUUAUGCUCAUUCUGGCAACAACAUUUGUACCCUCGUAGAAUAAAUAAACAACUAGUGGAAGUACAGUGAAGCUAAAGUCACAUACGUAAACAGGUUUCUUUUAAAUCAUUCACAAAAUGUUUCAUUUGUUCCUAAAAUGAACAUAAAGUGCAGUAAAACGCAUCACUUAAUAUGUUAAAAUUCCUCGUUUAUCAAGGACUACGACCCAAAGAUAAAUAAUCGAUAGGCACAAAAUCAAUAAUGAAUCAUUUGAAGUUAAAAUGGAACUGAAACGCACUCGACCCUGAUGUGCCAUUGCCAGGCGUCAUCAUGAAAAGAGCAGAGGACUGGCACAUAAGUCUACGCACAGAUAUAGAGAAGCACGAAAGAUCACCAGUCUGCUGUGUUGGAUGGUAGUUCUCUCUGAGUACCGUUAGUUUAAAGAUGGUUUAGCUCCUUGCACACUAUAUGAGAUUCUCACACUCAAAAAUCUCACACUACUCCACUUUCCACUAGAAUGGUCUAGAAUGGUUUCUAUU